AUGCGCUCUCACCGAUGGGAUUCGCACUCCUGUGAUGUGAAACAGCUCCCCGCCUGUGUCGAUGCCCUCACCGUCUCCACACACCGCCCCCCUCCCCCCAUACCCGUGCCCAUGCCCAUGCCCAUGCCCAUCCCUCCCCCCGCGCCCGCCUCAUCCACGCUCAGCAGCGAUGCCGUGCGGCGCACUGCGAUCAUCCUCGGCGCCCCCACCCCUGCCCCCACCCCUGCCCCCACCCCUGCCCCCACCCCUGCCCCCACCCCUGCCCCCACCCCUGCCCCCACCCCUGCCCCCACCCCUGCCCCCACCCCUGCCCCCACCCCUGCCCCCACCCCUGCCCCCACCCCUGCCCCCACCCCUGCCCCCACCCCUGCCCCCACCCCUGCCCCCACCCCUGCCCCCACCCCUGCCCCCACCCCUGCCCCCACCCCUGCCCCCACCCCUGCCCCCACCCCUGCCCCCACCCCUGCCCCCACCCCUGCCCCCACCCCUGCCCCCACCCCUGCCCCCGCCCCCCAUGCGUGCUCCUCUGAGCUGUCCGUGCCCGCCGUCGCGCACCCUCUACCCCUCCUUCCAUCCUACCUUCUACCCCGUCUUGCCUCUUGUCAUCCUCUCCCCUUUUUAUGCCCCCCUUGCCUGUAUCCCCAGGCUGAACCCACACCACAUUGCCGCACCCACAUGCGAGGAAUCAAACGCUGCCGGCGCGGGAGAGGAGGGAGGGGAGAAGAGGAGGAGGAGGAGGAGGAGGAGGAGGAGGAGGAGGAGGAGGAGGAGGAGGAGGAGGAGGAGGAGGAGGAGGACGAGGACGAGGAGGAGGAGGGGGAGGAGGAGGAGGAGGAGGAGGAGGAGGAGGAAGAGGAGGAGGAAGAGGAGGAGGAAGAGGAGGGAAUCGCCCCGCGUGCCUCCGGCCCUCUCCCUCUGCAGCACGGGGUGGAAGAGGCACUGCGCGUCCCACCACGUGUCAUCCCCAUCCUCUCCCGCGCGCAACAUCGUCCCCUCAGGCGCGCCGAAGAUGCCCGCUGUGCUGCUGUGCUGCGCGUGGCAUCUGUGGGAGUGGACGGGGGAAGGCGGGAACGGCGGGGAAGGAGGGAAAAGGAGGGAAACGACAGAUGCUGCACCGUUCAUCAGCAUUCAUCAGCGCACCUUUCAUCAGCCAAUCCCGCCCCACGACAUAAUGAUGAUGAGAAUUCGAUAACCGCGCAGCACCAUUUCCCACACCUGACGCUCGUUCCACGCGCGCAUGGCGUCGCUCCGCCCAGUCUCUCCGCGUGCCGCCCGCCGGCGUUCCGCGUCUCCCCGCUGCUGCGCGCCAGCCGAGCUCGGGGCGGGCGUUUGCAAGGCGACGCCGGCGGAUAG